GGGUUGUUCAGGCGGACAGCGGCAGAGCUGUGCGCCAGUGCUGUGCGCCAGCUGACACUUGUGCUCGGGACUCGGGAGGAGGAGAGGUCACACCGAACAGACUCUCCGCGCCUCCGGCCGCCUCAGGCUGCUCCUCGCUCAGCAGCAUCCCACCAUCAUGGCGGAUCAAGUCGAAUCUCCGGCCGCUGUCCCCCCGCUGACAACCGCCUGGCCCAUCACCAGGGAGUCGUACGAGCUGCAGGAAGUCAUAGGGAGCGGGGCUACAGCUGUGGUGCAGGCUGCCCUCUGUACGCCCAGACAGGAGAGAGUGGCCAUCAAGAGGAUCAACCUGGAGAAGUGCCAGACCAGCAUGGACGAGCUGCUGAAAGAAAUCCAAGCUAUGAGCCAAUGCAGUCACCGUAAUAUAGUCACGUAUUACACCUCAUUUGUCGUGAAGGAUGAACUUUGGUUAGUUAUGAAACUUCUGAGUGGAGGAUCUAUGUUGGACAUACUCAAGCACAUUAGCAAAAACGAAGAAGGUCCAAACCGAUCUUUAGACGAGCCCAUUAUCGCCACAAUAUUAAAAGAAAUUCUUGAAGCCCUGGAUUACUUGCACAGAAACGGACAGAUCCACAGAGAUGUCAAAGCAGGAAACAUUCUACUCGGCGAGGACGGGUCUGUUCAGAUAGCAGAUUUUGGUGUCAGUGCAUUCUUAGCUGCAGGGGGAGAUAUGACAAGACAUAAAGUUAGAAAGACAUUUGUGGGCACGCCGUGUUGGAUGGCACCUGAGGUCAUGGAGCAGGUACGAGGCUAUGAUUUUAAAGCCGACAUUUGGAGUUUUGGAAUCACGGCCAUAGAGUUAGCGACAGGUUCUGCGCCCUAUCACCGCUACCCACCCAUGAAGGUUCUAAUGCUGACGCUCCAGAAUGACCCUCCCACUCUAGAGACGGGGGUGGAGGACAAAGAGCUGGUGAAGAAGUACGGCAAAUCCUUUAGGAAACUUAUCUCCAUGUGCCUUCAGAAGGAUCCUGCCAAAAGGCCCACAUCUGCAGAGCUUCUCAAGUGUAAAUUCUUCCAAAAGGCCAAGAACAAAGAAUAUCUGGUGGAGAAGCUUUUGAGUCGCGCACCAAAGAUUUCGCAGAGGUCUAAGAAGGUGAGGAGGGUCCCUGGCUCCAGCGGACACCUGCACAAGACGGAGGACGGGGACUGGGAGUGGAGCGAUGACGAGCUGGACGAGCGCAGCGAGGAGGGGAAGGCCGCCGUCAACCAGGGACGAUCACGAAGGGUCAGAGAGGAAGCCAAAGACAAUGAGGAGAAUGCAAACAGUGUUCCCAUCGAAGGCUUGUCUCUGCAGCAUCCCCAGGUAGAACCGUACGACAACGCAGCCAACAACCAAGGAGCUCUCAACAUGGUCCUCCGGCUAAGGAACUCCAAAAAGGAACUGAAUGACAUCCGUUUUGAGUUCACGCCGGGGCGAGACACAGCAGAGGGCGUUUCACAGGAGCUGGUGUCUGCAGGCCUGGUCAAUGGGCAAGACGUGUUAGUAGUUGCUUCUAACCUUCAGAGGAUUGUGGACGACCCGGCUACCUACAGAGUGUUGACCUUUAAACUGGCGUCAGGCUGCGAUGACACGGAGACUCCAGACGAGGUCAAGCUGAUUGGUUUUGCCCAGCUCAGUGUUAGCUGAUGGCCGCUGGACUCUCGGAGCAGGUGGGGCCCAGAGACCACAGCGACCACAGCGACGACCACAGCGACGACCACAGCGACGACCACAGCGACAACGACCACAGCGACCACAGCGACCAGGGCAGAGGGACAUUCCACCACUGCACCUCCUCCUCAGCUUUAGUCACUCCACAUUUCAGUCAUUCUAGCAACACGAGUGCGGUGGAGUUGUGUAUUUCUCAAAUUCCUCAAAUUUUAAUACCACAAUCAUAAUAAAAACUCUCCUUCUUUAGACAAUAGAGUGUGAUUUUCAACAUAGUAUUUAUAUCUGUGUAAUCCCUCAGUGGUCCAGUAGGCGUUUAUAGUCUAUGUGCUCUUAUACUUGCUCUGAUACAGCUCAAAAUCAUUCUAAAGCGAUUCAUUCUGUCCUGUGAAUGUGACUUUUUUAGUAUCGAUACCUGCUCAACUGAGUAUCUAGUUUUGAUACUAGUUUUAGUACUGAACCUGAUCUGUAUAAAUAAAAUACGAUCAGACAUAAAUAAUAAGACGAUAUAUGAGAUACAGUUAUGAAGUCUGCCCUUGAAAAUCCCUAUAAACAAGAAAUACACAAAUAUACGUGACAUAAAAUAGCAAUUCCCUAAUGGAUAUUGGCUUGGAGCUUCCUGGAAGAGUACUCAGGCUUGGGACUACAUAGUUGUUUUUGUUGAACAUUUCUUUGAGUUAAUGUCAGCACUGCGAGCAAAGUCUUGCCUUUAGUGUAUAAUAAAACAAUUAAAAAUGUUAAAUGACCUCCCCUGGGCUUUGGGCUGGAUUCACAUUCAGUUAUUCCACAUGGCCUCAUGAAUAGACUCUGUGGGGGGAACUAUGAAAAGACACUUUCUGAAUGUAUUUUGUAUUUUAUACUCUGCCCACGAAACAAGCACAACUCAGAACCGAGCUCAAGGCAAAUGUCCGAUUAGUCACUGCUGAGAAUGUCAGAAUUCUCAGAAAUUUAGUUUUUCAGAUUUUAAAAAGCAGAGGUGGGUAGUACUCAGUUACAUUUACUAUAUUUAACUUUAUUAUUAUUUUACUAUAUUAUACUUACUUUGUUUUACUUGUACUUGAGUAAUAUUUUUAUUAAAGUAACAGUACUUUUGAGUAAAAGCUUUUGUGAAAAUCCAAAAAUGACAAAAGCCUCAUUUUGACAUUAUGAAAUUAUUUGAACAUUUAUAUUUCAUGCACCGUUCCUUCGGAUAUGAUUUAGUUUUUCUAAUUUUUGUAUUUGUGUGUAUUAUUUCAUGUUUAAUUCUUUAAUUCUUUAACAUUAAUUUGUAAUUAUAAAACUUAAUACAUUAUUAAAGCCCCAAUAGUUACUCUUUAAGUUCAUCUUAGUAGUGGUAGUAGUUUUCUCAAAACUUUUUUCUCUUACUUUUCUUGGACCAAUUAAAAUUUAUUUUAAACUAAAAGUAUUCUUACUUGAGUACAGUUUUUGGCUACUCUUCCCACCUUGAAAAAGUAAAUGCAAAAGAACUAGAAAAGGUAGAACAAAAUACAUACUUUUAAACAGGCUGUAUUGAUGUGCUGUUAAAAACCAAGGUGUUGUAAUAUUUUUAAAAACUCGUAAACCAUUUGAAAUCUGAUUUUGCUAAAACUUUAUCUAAGUUAAUUGCAAAAGUAAAAGAGGGAGAGUUUACUCGUAAUGAUAAAGUAAACUACAUGUACAAUAUAAACACAACAUAAAUACACAACUCUUACUCCUGAACGUUUUGCUAGAAUGACACAAUAAUCUUCCACUUGCCCCCAAAAGCUGCUCUGCACCAAACCGUCUCCCCCACGCACAGCUCCUAAAUGCCCCUUGACCCUUGACCUUUUCCAACAUUCCACCGCCAGCACACGCCGCGGAUCAGGACGACCCCCCGGAGACUCACUCAGGUGUGAAGGGCCACCGUUCACUCGUAGCUCUUUGAAUGUUGCACCAUUGGAUUUUUGUUACCUCUUCAUAAAACUCAUUAUUUAUUAUUAUUAUUAUUAUUAUUAUCAUGACGAGACACAAAUUUCAUUUUAUUUGACCAGUUUCGGUUUCUCAUUUUGAAUCCGCUUUGACACACGUCUCAUCGAACCCAUUUACUCGCGACGUUUCCCCUGAGGUCACAACGUAAUCUCCGGUAAAUUUGAAACAAAAGCACAUUUAUUACACAAAGAAUGUCUGUAAAAAUAUUAAAUUCUAGCCACAUUUUUUCAAAAGAAGGGAAUUAUUUAUUAUUAUUAGUUUGAAUGUGCAGUCAAAUUGAGACCCGGAAGCUACUGUGUAUAAUUUGCUGCCGUGGACAGUGUUAAAAAUGCUAGAGGUGCCUUGUUAAUUUUUCUGUGCCUAAGAAAGUAGCUAGUGACAAUGUAUGACAAAAAAGCCUAUUGAAAUCCAUGUUAGAAAUGUAUUACCACAGCACUGACACCAUUCAAGUAAUGUAAACAAAGCUACGAUGCACUUUUGGGUUGACGAGCUAAUGCCUUUAGCCUUUAGCCGUUAGCGCAGGUUAGCGUGUAUGCUAAUGUCUUCAGAUGAGCUAAAGUGCGUAUUACAGGUUUCGAUGAUGGUCUAAUUUUGACUUAAGUUGGUUGGAUAAAACUUGUUGUAAAUAUACAUUAUAGUUUCACACGAAUCAAGAAGAAAUUUGUGGGAAAAAUAAGUUGAAAAUGUGUUGAAUAUGACAGAAAGUAAGAGAGAUCAAGAAUUAUGUCCAAAAGUUAAGCGCAGUUUAUACCCAAGAAAUACAUUUUUCUGAUAUUUUAAACAUUAUUUGAGAAAAGUUAAAUAGUUUUCUUAUAUUUUCAUUUGUCAAAUUAUAAUUUCUGUGUACAUUAGGCUACGUUCACACUUGCCCCUAUGCGACCUGUAUCUGAUUUUUUUCAAAUGUGACCCAGGACACUUGGAUAUGUGGUCCUAAAACCUGAUACAUAUCCGAUUUUUUGACAUGCGACUUCAGUCUGAACGGUCAGGUUGCAUUCAUCCAACCUACAUGUCAGGUUCAGAGUCUUGUUAAUGCAGGGAAAGUGAGGUUAGUGAGUUUAUUAAUAUUUGGGGCUGUAUUCAGGCCAAAUUGGAGGGGUCUUAUCGGAACCAGGCAGUUUUUGAAAUGAUUGCCAAAGAAAUGUCCAAGCGUGACUACAGUCUGUCCUGGCUCCAAUGUCAACAGAAAAUAAAGAGCCUGCGAAAGCCAAAUACAAGGAGGCUAAAGACUCAAACAAACGAAGUGACUGUGAUCGUGUAACUUGUCCAUUUUACGAAGAACAGGACCAUAUUUUGGGAGACAAGCCCAGCGUUUAAGUGACUUCCGUAAACACUGAGCACUCUCACUGCAUGUGUGGACACUUUUGGGGCGUUAAAAUUUCGCACUGGAGAUCACAUACAGGUCGCAUUUAAUUUUAAAUGUGAACAACCUCGCAAAAAAAAAAAAAAUCAGAUUUCACAAAAAAAUCCAAAUUGAGGAUAAGUCCUGCAGUCUGAGCAUAGUCUUAGGCUACGUUCAGACUGCAGAUCUUAAUGCUCAAUUUGGAUUUUUUUGUGAAAUCCGAUGUUUUUGCGAGGUCAUUCACAUUUCCAGUUAAAUGUGACUUGUAUGUGAACUACAGUGUGAACUUUAAACAGCCCAAAAGUGUCCCGCAUGUGCACUGGAGGACACGAGGACGUCAACCGCAACAAGCGUGCUCUGUGUUUAUGGAAGUUGUCCAAACAUGGACGCGAGCAUUUAGCACCUGGAGAUUUUAAAGUUCCUCUCGUACCGGAGCCAGAACAUGAACAACUUACUUGUUUUAAGGAGGAGAUUGAGAAGGAGAAGGACGAGGUUUUUGGAAGUGGCGUUUUGUGGGGCAGUCCGUUGAAAUUAACGUGUGGAUGUGGAGACGUAGCCAAGAGUGGUGGGAUAGAGAUGUACUUUGCUUCAGUGACACGGAGUCCAUUAACAAUUUUCGUAUGAUGAGAAGAACGUUUGUGUACAUUUGUCGCUUGUUCAUAAUGUGUAGGUGGGAUGAAUGCGCCUUAGCCGUUCAGACUGAAGUCGCAUGUCAAAAGAUCAGAUAUGUAUCAGUUUUAGGACCACAUAUCCAAGUGUCCUGGGUCGCAUUUGAAAAAAUCGGAUCUGUGUCAUUAAAAGAUCAGAUACAGGAGCAUAGGGGCCAAAAAAUCGGAUUUGGGUCACUUCAGGCUGCAGUGUGAACAUUUUGACGCUACAGCAUGGUUGCUAGGUAACAAUUAUGGAAUUCUCUAGUGCGAUUUCCAACCUGGAAGUAAAAUUUUAAACCUCAAGAAAUGUCAAACUGGGAAAGGAUUUUAAAAGACUUAUUAUUAUUAUUCGUAUUUUUUUAGUAAGUAAAAUGAGUAGUCUAACCUGUCAUAGGCACUUUAAGAUAAUACUCCAUUUAUUUUUCCCGCAGCACACAGAGAACAUAUGUAUUACUACUAUCCUGGAUAACUAAAGGUCAAAUAAAAUAAAAAUGAAUAUUCCUCUGAUAUAACUAUUACUCAACAAACUGUACUGUAUGCCAAUGCAUCUGAAGACACCAAAGGCAACUAUUAAAGUGUGUCAUUGAGCCAUUUUGUUUGUCCCAAAACAAUUUCCGUAGCUCAAGAUUGUUUUAUUGAAGUGAUAUAUAAUAACUUCUGCUAAAUUGUUUAUUUUAUGAAAUAAUUUAUUGUGUUUUCUAUGUACAGUAUGUGUAUCAUUUCAGCGUAUUAUUACCUCUGUCCUCUGUAAUCAGCUGAUGUCAAAUUUCCAACAAAGAGCAACAUAUAAAGAAUUGCUAUUUCAAA